UCAUGCGUAACAUGUUAAUAUCGUAUAGAGUAGUAAUACAUGUAUCGAGUGUAGGGUAUUGUUAUUUGUAUUUGAUUUAAAUUUGCACUGUCUAUUUUCUUGAUCGGUGACCAAGAAUUAUUAAGUAAACUUUGUAGAGUUUGAGAGAGUUCUUGAAGAUUAUUGUUGUGUGAUUAAGGGCAAACUUAUCUGAUCUUGGAAGAAUUGUAAAAUUAAAGUUUCUGAAAAGGUUCACCAGUGCUAGAACAUUAAUAACUGUUCUAAAAGGAUUUCAGUUCAACCGUUGUCGAAGGUCUUCUAAAUGAGUUGUUUGAUAUUGAAAUACAUGUAUUAUGCUCAUACAGUGUUUUCAAUAUUUAAUGAAAAUUUAGUUCAAUGGACAUUAAAAACACCAGGUUCUGAGAAGAUACAGGUUUUAGAGGCUGCACCUACAAGAGAGUCAACUGAGGCGACGACAUAUGAUACAACCACACCAACUACAUCUUUAAACAUACUGAGAUCUAUAAACAUACUGGGACCAACAACAUACCAACCGAGUGAGCCAUUAAACGUGGAAGUUGUAGUUCUUGGUAAAACGGUUAACUUAAAGUGGGAUACCCCCAAAUUCCCAAAUGGGGUGAUUUCUGCCUACACGGUGUGCUUUGCUUACAAGCACUAUUGGGACCAGUCAUACUCCGAAACAAACUGCACUAACAAAACAGCGUCGGAAAUGGACAUGACUGGGAACCACUUUGAAACCAGAUUGUCACUUCUGUUUACAGGUGCAUUUUUUACAUUUUCUGUUGCUGCUGUUAACGAGAUGUUUACGGGAAGAGCGAUUUCCGUUGCAAGAAGAACUUAUGAAUCGACACCCGAGAGUGUCACUGGACUGUACGCACAGGCAACAAACACAACCAUUACCGUGCUCUGGUCACGUCCAGGUGUCCCGAAUGGUGAUAUUGAAAGGUACCAGCUUCAGUGGAUUAAAGGAGAAGUCAACUGCGACGUUUUCAUCUCAACAUACAAGCGUACCUAUUUAGCCAGGGAAGUUACGAUCACACCAUCCUUGACCUUUGACCCACUGACAUCAGAGGAACCCUAUGAUGACAACUGUUUUUCGCCAACGCCUGAUCCAAUUCGUGUCAACCAAGAGAACAUGCGCUAUACCAUAUACAGACUUGAACAUAAUGAAGAGUAUGAGCUAUUGGUGACGCCGUUUACAACUACAGGACGAGGGCCUUCCAGUAAUAUCACACAACGAACAAUUGAAACAAGACCGGGCCCUGUGGGCAAUGUAACAAUACGCGAUAUUGAGUCAACGGCGAUAAACGUGACAUGGACGAUUCCUGAAAUAAACCCAGAUCCAACCAACUACAUAGCGGUCGCUUGGAGCAUGAUACCUAGACAGGAACACACUGCUCGGUGUGAAGUUGAAGAUUACACGACCACUGGAUGUGUGAUCGAGAAUCUCCACGAAUUUUGGAGGUAUAAGGUUGAGGUCAUUGCAAAAACCAGGGGAGGGAUCAGUGAACCAACAAUCUCUGAGCCUUUCUUUACACAAGAAUCAACCCCAGGAAAACCGACAUCAUUUAACGUUAUCAAAUUCACUGAUUUAAAAAACACCUGUGACGCAACAAAGAUCAAUGUUACCUGGAGCGAACCCAACCUCCAAGACAGAAAUGCCAAUAUCACACGUUAUGUUGUCAUGAGGGAGUUGCGUAAGACCGAGGUGUUCACAUUUACCGUUGAUAACCCUCAACCAUUUGCGUUUAACAACAGAAAGUUUUCAUUGGAACAUACAGGUCUCACCGCUAACUGGGGACAUCAAUGGCAGCUAUAUGCUGUUGGAAGAAAUGGGGUCAGAGGAAGGCCUGAAAACAAGGUAUUUUGGACGGAAGAAUGCGCUCCCCCAAAAAUGGACUCUCAUAUUGAGAAAUUAGAGAUCACCUCGUCAUCGGUGAUUUUUAAUCUUGAUCCUAAUUUCUUCAAGAACGAAAUACAAGGGAAGAUAGUGAAGUAUGGAAUGGUAGGAGGAAAUGUACGGGAUGUGGUCAAAAAAGUAAAUAGAAACACUGUUUUGAGCCUAGGCAGCUGGAGCAAUUUUACAUCUUAUAACCACCAGGGUGCUUAUAGAUUCACGUUCAACCUGAUACCCAUUGUGAAUGGUAAACUUCAAGUUGAGGUUGGAAAGAAUAGAAACUGCAGGAAAGAGGAUCUUAAAGAUUUUUGCAAUGGGCCGCUUCCUAGUGGAUUAGAAUUAUGGGUAAAGGCUUAUGCCUGCACGAACGUUGCAUGCACUGUGUCCGAGCACUAUGGACCAUUUACAAUCCAACAACCACACCAAGAUUCGAAUGGUGAUGUGGAUGGGGCCUUGAUUGCAUUGCCAAUUCUUAUUGCCAUCUUUAUCCUCAUCAGUAUGUUUCUGGUUCUUUGGUGGCGAGGAGCAAUUGACCCACUUCAGUGGAAAAAACAACUGCUGAGAGAGGGCGAGGAAUAUGAAGAACAGGAAACACUUCAAGAGAUUGUAGAGCCGAACAGAUCCAUUCCAAUAGCAACAUACAACGAGGCCCUUGCUGACCUUCACAGGGACACACAUCUCAUCCUGGCAGCUCAGUAUGAGGAGAUAAAGCGACGAGCGGAUCAGAUAGGACUGAAGGCCGCCUUCGCGGCUGCCAAACUUGAUCCUAACAAGUCCAAAAACAGAUGGGCCAAUAUUCUGCCCUUCGACCAUAGCCGGGUAAAACUUCAACAGUUGGAUGACGAUUGCCCCGAAUCAGACUAUAUCAAUGCUAACUAUUUGUCUGGCUUUCAUUAUCAACGGGAGUACAUAGCAACCCAAGGUCCGUUACCAGGAACGAUCGACGACUUCUGGCGAAUGGUGUGGGAACAGAACGUCAUGAUGAUCGUAAUGUUAACACAAUGCAAGGAGGGAAACAAAGUGAAAUGUGAGAUGUACUGGCCGGACACUGUCAAAGAGCCAAAGCAGUACGGAAAUGUUGUGGUCAACCCGACCUCGAUAACCAACAUGAACAAGUUUAACAUCAACAUCUUCGACAUCUCGCACGCCACCGAUGUAACGAAGAUUAGGAAAGUUCUGCAAUUCCACUACCUGGACUUUAUGGAUUUCACGGCUGCCGUGGAAGUUGAUAAUUUCAUCGAAUUUGUACGCACCGUCCGAGGUCACGUGCCCCACGAAAUGACCAGCCCUAUGGUAAUUCAUUGCAGUGCUGGCGUAGGCAGGACGGGCUCUUAUAUCGCCAUAGAUCGCUUGCAAGAGUAUCUGAACUCUCCCACGUUCAGUUUCGAUGACCGCAUCAACAUUUUCGACAUGGUCAUGGAAAUGAGGGAACAGAGAGUCAACAUGGUCCAGACAGAAUCUCAGUACAUCCUAAUCCAUGACUGUUUUGAGAGGAUGUUGGAGGACAAGAAAACAUCACUGCAAACUACACAAACGAUGGCAAAACUGGCAUACGAUCAGCAAAGAACAGCGCUCUGAGUGGCAAUUGACGCAAAUCUGAGAACACUACAAUGAUACAGUACAUAUGUAAGCUGUUCUAAGACUGUUUUAAUUCAAAGACAAUAUGUGUUCUUAUUAAGUGUGUUUGCGUGUGCGUGUGUCUGCGCGUGGGUGCGUGUGUGGCUUAUUGAAAUACAGUGUUCGUGGAUGAUAAUGGGUUUAUUCUAUAUUGAUCAUAUUAUAUUUCAAUGCAAACCAAUUGGUGUUAUUAUUGAUAAACAUAUAUGACAUCAGUGUUCAUAUUAGAACUCAUGUUAGGUUUAUUGAUAAACAUAUAUGACAUCAGUGUUCAUAUUAGAACUCAUGUUAGGUUUAUUGAUAAACAUAUAUGACAUCAGUGUUCAUGUUGGAACUCGUGUUAGAUCUAUUCAUAAACAUAUAUGACAUCAGUGUUCAUGUUGGAACUCGUGUUAGGUUUAUUGAUACACACCAACUGGUUGAGGGCAUAAAUCCAAACACUUAAUGAGGUUUUUACUAUCAUCUUAGAGAUUUUUUUGUUGAACAGGCUCACAAUUUUAUUAUUUGUAUGUAGAAAGUCGUUCGUUUCAUGGAGAUAAAAUGACCCUUCAAUGUAUGCUAUAAAGGACACAAACCCCGAACACAUAAAAAGGUUGUUGUUGUUUUUAAAUUUUACACCUCUUUAAAAUACUAUGGCUAAAAUUUGACAAAAGCAUACAGAAACAGAUAAGUGUUUGAUAAGAUUUACCUUUAACGUUUUUUUCUUUAUUCAGGUGUUGGGAUAAGAGUGAGGUUUGUGAACGUAAACUGGUUUAAACCCCCAGUAAAUUUACAUUUUACUGACCGUUCUAAGGCGGUACCUAACAAUCCUUGAUAAAUAUACCUAGUUUUUUAUAUAUAGUAUAUAUGCUCUGUGCUGUUUGUGGAAUUUGUGUUGUUGUUCCAUGUUUCUUGUUUGUGAUUUUUUGUUUGUUUGUUCUAUGUCUUUGGCGUUUACCCAGUGCCAUUAAACGGGGUUUAUGUUUAAACUUUUGGCUACUGAGCUUGUUUCUGUAGUUUUUCCCAUCAGUAUUGAACUGAAAUGCAAACCAAAAACAUAAAAAACUUGAUUGGCAAUAACCUGCCAAAAGUCAACGUCGCGAAAGUACACGACUUUUUUACUAUUAAUUAUGUUUGUUUGUUUUUUUAUUUACCACUUUAUAUAAGCCAAGUUGUAAUUUCUUUACUUUGAUUUUCUUAAAACUCUAAUCAUAAAAGCAAUUUAAAUCUAAGAUGUGGCAUAUUUUUAUAUAUAAAUAACGUAGGCCAACAUAACCGAGAGGUAAAAAAUGUGCACGCGCCAUGUGACGUCAUUUCCCCACGUGCUAUAUUUGGACCUUUUAGCGGGUUGAACAAUGAAUGAAAUUUUUUAGAAAGUCGAAACUUCACAUUCAAGUAUUAUGUUAAGCGUUUGUAUUAAUUUGGAUCGUCAAAUUGUGUGUCAUUGUAAAUGAAUGCCUGUUUAUACAGGCAUUUAGGAUUUAUGUAUUGUUCUGUUUUGACCCGUGAACUAGUAUUGAAUCGCAUGUCGGUCAAUCGCCAAAUAUUAUUUGCCCGAGUUUUGGUAAGGACAAGUGAACUAUAGCUCUGCGGCCGUUGGUCUGAGGGCAAGAGUUGACUUGGUACUUCCACUUCAAAUGUCUACUGAAAACUGACCGACAAGCCCUUCAAUAAGUUUUAUUUUUAUUACUUGACAUUAACAUUGUGAAAUAUUAAACUAUAUAAUCACCAUAUAUAACAAUAGACGAAAGUGAAACAGUGUACAUGUACCUCUAAUAUUCUAGAGUGUCUCCUCUUGUUGCUAAGUAAAUAUAGAAUGUUUGUAGAACACAUAUUUGUUUCGUUACAUAAGUAACUACCCAGUAAAUUUGAAAUUCAUUCAUUUGUGAUUCUUCAAUAAGAUAAAAGUUGUAAAGCAAGGCUAAUUAUGUUAUUUCGGAUCUAACUCUUUAUUUUAGCAAAUAAGAAAAUACUUGCUAUAUUAUCUUAUUGAGCAAAGUAAAAGAAUAUGAAAUAAUCCAAAACAAUUUAUUAAAUCUUUCACACAUAAGAAACUUGUUAACUAUUGAUGAACGGUCAAAUAGCAUUAUUUAUUGACUGUUGAUUUCUAUGGAUAACUAAUAAAGUUGUUAUGGAGUUGCUAACGUAAUAUUAUUACUAUGAGUUCUACUUUGUAUAAAUGAUAACAUCUUCAA